GACGGGAGAGUGAAAGAGAAAGAGAGAGAGAGAAAGAGAGAGAGAGACUCGAGUGAAUAUUCAUCGAGGAUUUAAAUAGUUGUUUGGUUUUUUAUUAAUAUCUAGUGCGCGCUCUGUAGUGCGUCUUUACGCGUCUAGUCCAACGCUCAUUAAGUUUUAGUGGCUCAGAGAUCCGGCUUUCCAGGUGUGAAACCGCCUUUUCCCGGGUGCCAACUAACACCAAUGUUGAACGACAGCCUACUGGCUACCAACUGAAGCUGGAGGACCUAAAGCGUGGUUUUACACAAAAGAAUCCCGACUUGAGAGAAGAACAGGGCCAAAAGUGAGGCGAGACGAAAGAAAGUCUUGGUAGCCAUGCCGUCAGUGAUGGAGCGCUCAGGAUCUGGAGUUCUGUCCCGCAGCAGGGCAAAAACAGCAACCAAUGGCAACAGUCAACAUACUGAUGAGGAGAGCAGUGAUGAAGAACAUUCACAUGACAGCAUGAUUCGUGUGGGAGCAGACUACCAAGCACCGAUUCCAGAGUACAAGCCAGAGCUUGAACCUGACUACAGUGAGAAAGACCAGAGAAGCAUGCUUGUGUGGUCACCUAACAGCCAAGUGUCUGAUGCAAUGUUGGAUGAAUACAUCUUAAUGGCCAAAGAGAAGCAUGGAUAUAAUAUGGAACAGUCUUUGGGCAUGUUGCUCUGGCACAAGCAUGAUGUGGAGAAGUCUUUGGCUGACCUGGCCAACUUCACGCCCUUUCCUGAUGAGUGGACCGUGGAGGAUAAGGUGCUGUUUGAGCAGGCGUUCAGUUUCCACGGCAAAAGUUUCCACCGCAUCCAACAGAUGCUGCCAGAUAAGAUGAUCUCAAGUCUGGUGAAGUACUACUACUCCUGGAAGAAGACUCGGACUCGCACCAGUGUCAUGGACCGGCAGGCCCGCAAACUCGUUAGCAAGAGAGAGAAAGAUGACAGUAAUGAUGAGGUAGAAGAAGGAGACCAAGGAAGUGACAGUGACUUUGAGAUCGACACCAAAAAGGAGCUUAAGCUGAGCUCUGGUGCUGGAGGAGGCAGUGAGAGGAGCUCUGGGAGGUCAGGGCCCACACGCAAAGAGAGCCAGGGGGCUCAGUACCGGCACCAUCCACUGAGGGCACGCCGCAGACCUCCAAAGGGCAUGCACCUGGACCAGGAAGACAUCGUCUCCCUGUCGGCCUCCACCGAGUCAGGAACCAUCUCAAACCGCCAGCUCGACACCCAGCUAGUGUCUCUCAAGAGACAGGUUCAAAGUAUCAAGCAAGCAAACAGUGUCCAAAAACGAAGUUUGGUAGAUGGUAUUGAAGCCAUGAGACCUGCUGAGCCCACUCUUAAGAUUAACUCCCGCUGGACCACAGAGGAACAGCUCCUGGCUGUACAGGCUGUUAGAAGAUAUGGUAAAGACUUUGCCGCCAUAGCUGACGUGAUUGGGAACAAGACCGCAGGCCAGGUAAGCUCAUUCUUCGUCAGCUACCGCCGCCGCUUCAAUCUGGAGGAAGUACUGCGAGAAUGGCAGGCAGAACAGGAAGUGCUGCAGGAGAGCAGCGAGUCCAUGAAGGACCUGAAUGGGACAGUAGGAGUGGAAGAGGAUGAGACUAAGAGGGACAGCGCGUCCCCUGCAGACUCUGGCAGUCCAAUUCCUUCCUCUGAAGUAGCCAGUAACUCUAGCCAGUCUUCUCCUCCUCUUACCCAACCCCCACCCUUACUACGCCCGACUCCCCCCAGCGCACCCCCAAGCCUGUUGCGCCAACCUCCUCCUCUUCAAACGCGCCCCCUCCAGACCCGAAAUCCACACAACCAUCCUCCACCGCCGCUUAUCCGCCCCGCAGUAGCCUCAUCCCAUCACCAGAGCGGCUUGAGGAACUCCGUCAGUUCCUCUGCGGCUUCCAGCGUGCAGCUGCCUCCCUCGUUGAUGGGGCUCAAAGUGGAGUCCCCACACUCCCACUGAUUCACACAUUCUGCUUAGGAUGACCUCUGGCGCUGAUCUCAAACCAGUUCAUAUUUGUGCAAGAAUAUGAUGUUAAUGGGAACUGGUUCCAGAUCGGGGGCAACUGGUUAAACUUCGGGGGCAACAAAGCGCUCGCGCUGAGCAGGAACUGUCCAUGUGGAAAGGGGAUUCUAAACACACACGUUACCACAGUUGUUCAGGCACACAGGAUGAGUUGGGGAUGGCGAUAGAUGUAGUGUUAGACAGGUGAAAUGAGUCAGCACCAGGUUUGGCAUCACUCUGAAAAUCCUCCUAAAACACCAACAUCCCCCACUGUCACUCAUCAAAUACAGAAAAACCUCAGUGAAGACUUGCCAAAUACAGACCACACACCUUGCAGGCCUCAGCUUUAACGAUAUACCUCAGAGGAGGCCACAGAACCCACAGCUACACAAUUCAACACCAUCAAUUAAAAAAAUGACCUUUGACAGAAAACCAAAAUUUCUCACUGGAGAAAAGAGCCUUCAGAUAUUAGUCACUGGAUUGUAAUGAAACGCCUUGACAACUGAAUCACAGGUUAUUCCAUUUCCAUGGCAACAGCUGAACAUCUCCAACUAUGUUUCACAGAAGACACCACAUGAUGUUUGAGUGUAAACUGGGAAAAGCCGUUCUUUCAUUUCCAUUAAAGAGCCAUGUAUUGCUAGGACUAAGCAUAGUGAGGAUUUUUUUUGUUGUUUGUUUUUUAUUACUAUGUCCAUGAAAUAUUAGUAAAUAGUAAUUAUGUAGAAGAAGUAAAUAUUAAAGCACUAAGUGACCCAAAAUACUUGACUUUAUUUUUUCUUGCACAAACACUGAAGUUCACAGAGUCUUCGGCCAGGUGACUUGCUCUUGAAGGCAAAAUGUGCAAGAUGUUGCGACACUAAAGUUACAGUUUGUGCCGGUGGAGUUUCAUGUUUCCACCAAAACUUUGUAUGUGAGAAAUGUUUACAGUUGAACUUGGAU